ACCAAAGUUCCCCUACUCUCUCUGGAUCUCACUUCCUCUAUCCGACUUUCUCAUCGCUUGGCGCGCCCUCCCAUCGCCGUGAUUGACGAACAGCCCAUGGAGGUGGACGCGCCCGUCCUCGCGCCCCAACAGGCCGUCACGCCCCCAGCGGCCGCGCUGGCCAAGAAGACGCUUGCAUCAGACGUGACGGCGACCCCCAAGUCCAGGGUCACGAGGAGGAAGACGCUCUGCGACAUCACCAACCUGAGCAAGCGCGAGCCGGUCGACGUGCCGGGCGAGCCGGCGUGCCCGGAGGCGCCGGCACCGGCGGACGCGGGCGGCCUUGAGGGGUUUGCGCAGCUAGUCGAGGAGAAAGCGGAACUCGUGAGGCUCCUCGCGGCGAGAGACGAGAUCAUAGAGCUGAGCCGGGCUGAGAUUCAGAAGCUGCGCCUUGCCAACUGGGAACUUGGGCGGGCCCAUUCCCAGUUGAUGGCGGAGGUUAACCUCGGAAGAAAAAGGUUGAAAGCGUUGCAACAUGAGCUUGCGUGCUCAAGAGCCAGCCUUAAAGCAAAAGCGUCUGAACUGGAGGAUGUGAAGAAGACGAUGCAGCGGCGCAACGCACCUGUGCAAAGGACGCAGCAUCUGGGUCCUGACAGAGCUGUGCAGACCAGGGAUGGAGAUGUAGUCGAUGCGGAGCCCGCUUCGGACGCAUCGUCUGCGAGGAGCAUCCAGAGGGCCGGGAACGCCAGCAGGAAACGAGUGCUGAGAUCUCGAUCUCUAGGACCUACGGCAUCUUCGAAACCGAUGCUUUCGAAGGAUAGGGAUGCCUCUCAGAGACGGAAGUCCAUGAGAACACCCGAGUUGAGCAGCCGCACGGAGGACUUGUUCGAGAUAGAGGACGUCCAGCUCGCAAUCGGCAGCUGCAAGAUCGAUCCAGAGAGUGCUUCCGGCAGCGAGAAGCCUGGGCACCCGUUCUUGCGCAGAUCAUCUCUUGGAAGGCCGAUGCGGCAGGCCAGGGAACGAGUCACCACCUACAAGGAGAUGCCUCUCCAUGUUAAACUCAGGAGGCCCUAGAGGUUGUCAGGUUUUUAGCCAACGAUUCUUUGGUGUGUUUCUGCAUCUAGUCAAAUGCAGAUAGUGUGUAGUAUCUCUCCGUGUGAAAAUUUUGUGUGCGUUUGGCUUAUCGGCAUUGAUACCUGGUGAAGGGUGCUGUGUAAUCUAUUUAUCCUGUUUGUGAUUCUAGUGUUGAUCCA